UACGAUGAAGUUAUCAGUGAGCUGAGGCAUUUAGCAACUGCUUUUGAAAACAUUGUCAAUGUUAGAAGUAUUGACUUUAUUAUUUUUCGUUUGGACGCUCUGACUGAACGUUUGUUUCGGUUAGCGGCACACAUGGACACAGAUGUAGACAAUGUAGUGUUUCAGCAUUUGGAGGAAGCGUCCCAUCUUCUUAACUCGGUCGCUAAUCACACACCUGGGAUAGCGGGUCGCCCUGCUUAUAUCCUGCCUGUGGACGCCCUGGAAGCACUUUUACAUGCGAGUUUGCCUGUUGGUGCCAUUGCAAAGCUUUUUGGAGUCAGUGAAAGAACAGUUCAUCGUCGGAUGGCAGAGAAUGACAUAAGGGUUUCAGACCUCCUGUUCAGCAACAUUGACCAUUCGGAGUUGGAUGCAGUGGUCCGGGAGAUCCUCAGAUGUCAUCCUAAUACAGGAUAUAAGAUGAUGCUGGGUCAUCUGAAUGCUCAAGGAAUACAAAUCCAAAGAAGUAGAGUGCAAGAAUCAAUGAGAUGUGUUGAUCAGGAGGGGGUUUCUAUGCGCACUGUCCAACUCCACACAGCAAGACGCAGAAGAUAUUCUGUUCCAGCUCCUAACAGUUUGUGGAAUAUUGAUGGCAACCAUAAACUUAUAAGCCGUCUUAUUGUGUACUUAAAAGCCGCCACCAAUAACCGUGCAUCAACGGUCGCCAACUGCUUUCUUGAAGCAGUAGGUGAAUAUGGAGUGCCAUCCCGUGUUCGCUCUGAUAAAGGAGGAGAGAAUGUCCAAGUGGCCCACUUCAUGGUGUCCACCAGAGGCCCAAAUAGGAAUUCUCAUCUCACAGGAAGAAGCACACACAACCAGAGGAUAGAGAGAUAGUGGAGAGAUGUCUUUAGAGGAGUUUUGGAUCUUUUCUACACAACAUUCUGCAACCUAGAGGCAGAAGGUCUACUCAACCCGGACAAUGAGAUCCAGCUGUAUGCACUGCACUGGGCCUUUCUUCCACAAAUUGACAGACAUCUGCAGUUGUUCAAAGAGGGCUGGAACCACCAUCGGCUGUCCACCGAGAGGAAUCAGUCACCACACCUGCUAUGGUCUCAAAACCAGCGUGAGGGUGAAGAUCCAUAC